AUGGUUUUGGGUGGCUUCUACUUUUCAGCAUCGGAGGCUAGAUUUUUGAUUUCGGAGCCAGAGAUUGUGGGCUCGCUGAAGACUGCUGCCCAGGGUGUCGGUAUUCCGGAGAGCAAUAUCCUCAUUUUCAACUCUCUCGGGCAAAAUGUCCCGUCUGGAUUCCGAUCGUGGGACGAGCUUCUCAAGGCUGGCGAGCAAGACUGGGUGCGCUUUGACGACCUGAAAACCACGAAAGAGACCACAGCGGCGAGACUUUUCAGUAGCGGCACGACUGGCCUGCCCAAAGCUGUCACUAUCACGCACUACAACAUGGUAGCGCAGCAUGAGUUGGUUUUCGAUGUGCAUCCCCGACCGUAUCGGGUGUGUAAAGUAGUACCCACGCCCGUCUUCCACGCAGCAGCGGCUCCAUCAACCCAUUUCUCGACCUUGAAGUCGGGCUAUAUUACCUACAUCAUGCGCCGUUUUGAUCUCAAUGAGUUCCUGGAUGCCAUUGAGAAAUACAACAUCACUGACCUAAUGAUGGUGCCUCCAAUCGCAGUCGGAAUCCUCAUGAGCCCGCAUGCCAGAACCCGUCCAUUCCUGAAAAAAGUCAAGUUUGCAGGCUGCGGUGCUGCACCGCUGGGCCGCGACGUCCAGGGCAAAUUCCACGAGCUCAUGGACAAAGAUGCCCCUAUGACGCAGGUGUGGGGUAUGACUGAGACGAGCUGCGUUGCUAUGCGUUUCAAGUACCCGGAGCAUGACGAUACUGGCUCUGUGGGACGGUUGAUUCCUAAUCUCGAGGCGAAACUUAUCGAUAUUGACGGGAACAAUAUCUCGGCCUACAACACUCGUGGAGAACUUUGUGUCCGCGGCCCAACUGUUACCCCUGGCUACUUUAACAAUCCCGAAGCCAAUGCCUCCUCCUUCGAUGCGGACGGCUGGUUCAAGACCGGCGACAUCGCAUACUGUGACGAAGCGACCGGGAAAUGGUACAUCGUGGACCGACGGAAGGAACUCAUCAAAGUGCGCGGGUUCCAGGUUGCCCCUGCGGAACUCGAAGCUAUCUUGCUAUUGCACCCGCAGAUCGUCGACGCUGCUGUUAUCGGAAUCAGCUUCGCAGGAUCGGAUGAGGAAUGGCCGCGCGCGUAUAUCGUCAAGAGGCUUACGGAAGAAGGGCAGAAGUUGACGGCAGCUGAUGUGCAGCAGUACAUGAAGGAGCGGUUGGCCAAGUAUAAGUCGUUGACGGGUGGUGUUGUCUUCGUGGAAGGGGUGCCGAAGAAUGCUAGUGGGAAGAUUCUGAAGAAGGUGCUCAAGGAGAUUAGCAAGAGGGAGAUUGAGGUUGGCAUGAUUAAGCCGAGGCUGUAA